GGUGCCGAUGGGCGGGGCUUAUAGUUGCUGCCUAUCUCCGCCUUUGGACUCCACAAUAAGUGCCCUUAGAAGGAAAGCCCGUCAGUCUGCGAACAGGGGAGCAUUUAUUUAUUUAUUAAUUUUAAGGCUCAGACUGACUCCAGCUCCUCCAGCUUAACAACAACAACAGCUCCGUUAUUAGAUUCACUUCUCUGCUACAAGAUUUUUAUUUAUUUAUCAUUAUUCUUUGCGUAAUACCGUUGGACUCCGUAUUUUAUAUAUAUUUUUUCUUUUUAGGAUAAUCUCCGCAAGUCUGUAUCUGAUAAUAGCAGCAGGAGAUCCGCGGUGCGGUGGAGGGUGAGAGCGGGGAGAGGGGGGCGUUGAUCUGCUGAAGCCGCGCAGGGAGCGGCGGCGGCGGCUGCUGCGACGCUCGGGGACAUGGAGAUGCUGCGGCGCUCCUCCGUGUUUGCGGCCGAGGUGUUCGACCGGUCGCCCACCGACAAGGAGCUGGUGUCCCAGGCUAAAGCGCUGUGCAGGGACUACAUCCACUCCAGGCUGAACCGCGCCGGGAUCGGCUGGUCCAGACCUGAGCAGGGAGUGGCGGCGUCCGGAGGAAAGCUGGCGGAGGUGUCCCUGGUGGUUCAGUGGCUGGGUGACGAGUUGGAGUACCUCCGUCCCAACGUUUACCGCAACGUGGCCCGGCAGCUGAACAUCACGGUGGCGGUGGAGGGCGUGGUGUCCGACGCCUUCAUGGCUGUCGCUGCGGACAUCUUCUCAACAGGAGUGACGUGGGGGAAAGUGGUUUCCUUGUACGCCGUGGCGGGAGCCCUGGCAGUGGACUGUGUGCGCCAUGGUCAUCCGGCCAUGGUUCACACCAUCGUGGACUGCAUGGGGGAGUUUGUCCGCAAGAGUCUGACCCCGUGGUUGAAGAAAAGAGGAGGAUGGGUAAGGAAGACACUCACCCAUUUCGAGAGAUGCACCGAUCACAAUUUAGUAAAGCUUCGAUCUGCCAACACUGAUUUCUGAGUUUAAAAAAAAAAAGAGAGAAUUCAAAAUAUUAAGUGGUUAAUUAAUUAAUUCGUUCAGGCUUAACAUCAGGAGAACUGACAGAUUGUGUCUCCAUCAUGAUUUGUAUGAAUUGGUGGGACUCAGUAGCCAGAAACUGAACAUAUUUUUCCAUUAAAGUUGACUGUAGAAGCAGAAGACGUAAGAAUCUCAGUGGAAACUUUAGCAUCUUUUGGUUGUUUUCAGACUGAGUAGUAUCUAAGAAGAUAACUUAAAAUCAGUGAUUUUUAUUUAUUCUUUUAUUUUUGGUUAAACAAAUCCCAUGCAUGGAGGCCCCAACUUGCACCUUACGGGACCUAAAGGAUCUACAGCCAACAUCUUGUGGCCAAAUUUGGCUUCAGGAGUCUAAUUCAGUCAAUACUUUAGCAGCAAAUGAAGGAGAUAUAUUCUAUAAGGCAGGUGGUCAUAAUGUUAUGUCUAAUUAGCGUUUAUAGGGAGGCAUUGGGAAUGUCACUUUAUGUGUGAGAGAACACUCAUUGUAAAAUGGAAGAAAGACUAAAUGCUUUCUGACCUCACAUUGUAAACUGUUUAGCAACCAGUAUUAGCGAUUUAGCUAGACUAGCACAGCUAGCACCACUACAGCUCUGUUCAUUCCUUUCCUUUAGAUCUCUGCCUUAAUCUAGCAUGUGCCAAUAGUUUCCUUUCAAAUAUCAUCAUACACCUAUGUACUUUCUCUGACUUUCUUUUUUUUUUCUUCUAACACCUCAGACACUGGCAUUGUUUAACUUUGAGUCUCAUUUAAAAGCAGCUUUUACAACAAAGAGUCUUGCUGUAUUGGCGCCAGGUAUGUUGUGUUUACAGUCUGUACUGACCUGAAAAUGACCAAGCUCUGGUCCGAAGCCAGACCAGUCUCCUCAUCCAAAAUGCUUAAUGUUAAGGUCUUUGGCAAUCUGGAUUGUUUUAAGCUCGACACAAUGUGUGGUUCAUCACCAAAAUAUGCUGGGAAUGUUGAAAGAAAAUUCUUUUCUGAAGACUUAUGAUCCCAUUCUUCAUUAUUGGGAGGGUAACCUGAUGUAGGCUGCAUCCUGUAGAUCUUGCUGUUCCUUUGACUGUUUUCUUUUAUGUACCAAAUAACUUUGCACCAGGCUUCUGCUGCCCAUCUGUGUGCAGAACUGUUUGUCCUUUCAUGUCUUUCUUGGGAAAGAAGUGGUUUCUCUGCUGCUCUUUUGCUACAAGGCCAUUCCCCAAAAAGUCUACACCUCAAAGUGCUUGCAGUUGCACCCCCACCCAAACACUAGCAACACUGUUGCUAGCAAUUUCUAUUUGAUCUAAUACUCUGAUCUCCAGAAUGUCCUGAACCACCAGCAGCUUUGUUUCGCUGGUUACGUUCUUAUUUAAUGUCGUUUCCAUCUGGAACCAUUCACGCUGAUUCUGCCGCAAACCUCCUCUUUGCUCCGCUGCUUCUGGGUAUUCUCGUUGAUAAUGAGCUAACAUCUGCAGCUGAUUGAUCAAAACCUAUGGAUAACUUUUACACAGACGAAAUUACAGAGGAAAUGAAAGACGCAAGUAUAAAUCCUAGCUUUUGCAUCGUACGUCUUGAAUCGUGGGAAAGUGGAUUCACAAGAAGUUCCUUCUUUAGAUAAACAUAAGGUAGAGGGAAUAGUCCCGUUUGUUUCAGUGCGUUUCAGUGUUCCAGCAACAGAGUUGGACACGGCGGGCGAAGAGCGACCGACGACGUGCCUCUGUCUGCAUUUGCUGGAAAGGCGGCUGUUUGCUCAGAACCAUGGCUCGCAUGCCUGCGGUGUUUUGAGGAGAAGUGGAGUGUGACAAAAUGAUGAGCGCCGUAUUGUGCCUCUGACCUCACAAGCUCAAAAGAGGGGAGCGACCUGUUUUUGAGCGGAGCGCCAAACCAGACCCAGAAAGUUUUCCACAGAGAGGCGGGCAGGCGGAGGGGGAUCUGAGGAGGGAGACGUGUUUAGUGUCAGGGCUGAUGCUGCGCCGUGCUGCCUGGGGUAUGUCACUCUCUGUCAAACUAGUUCUGUAAGCUCCCUUGGUAGAGCAGUUGUAAGCAUUUAACUUUUUCCACAUUUUGUCAUUAAGACUGUAUGUGAUAGACCAACAUUAGGAAGAGCAUUACUGAAAAUUCAUUAAAAAAGAGAGCUAAAAGUGAGGGAUGUGGCACACGUUUUCAGAGUUUUGUAAGAGAACAUUAGUGAGCAAACGGCAUCAUUACCUUACUUUGCUUUGGUCUAAUGCGGUUUUUCAAAGUGGAGGCCGCCAGGGGGCGCUGUGGUGGCUUCAAUAAGUUGGAGGGAAGAUGAGGCGGGGCGGAAUGCAAUAAUAAUAAUAAACAACCUGAAUCCCGUCAUUUUUUUUCAAUCUUACGUUUUUCAUCAUGAUUUUUGUUUUGUUCUUCAAUCUUUUUCAUAAAAUCUCAUUUAAAAUAAUAGAUCUAAACUCUAUUUCUGAUGCUCAUUUUCUGAUUGGCUGCCUGUCAAAGUCAUCAAGCUGCUUUGCACCCCCAGCUAGCGUAGCCAGCAAGAAAUGGAAAAGUUUCUGACAAGACAAAGACCAAAGGAACCGUACAUCAGCUCCAUAGCCAUAAAAACCGUGGGAAUAAAUUAAAAAUUGAUGUCAAUAUUAAAUAUUACAUAUCUUCUUAUAAUAAAAAGAGGGGAUUGUGAUGAAAAGGUGUAUUUUCUGGUAGUAAAGUCAUAAGAUAUUAUCUGAUAAUACCAUUUUUCGCCACAGAACUCAGGCAUCUAAAAUCAGACAGUAUGAGGCAGCAUUUAUGCUAAGUGAAUGUAUUAUUGAAUAAUUUAUUU